UAUGAAAAAUUCAUCGAUCGAAUUAUAGUGUUUUUAAAACAGUUCAUGUGAAAUAUUUUUACAUAGUUUUUCUACUAUUAUUUUUAUUUAUUUAUUUGCGCCUUCCAUUCAUUUCCAUUAAAUUUUAUACCAGACUUUUAACGUAGUAAGAUGCCAGGUAUGUCAUUGGAACUUUACCGAGAAAUCUGCACUGAAAUGAAGAAUUUCAAAGGAUCUGCCAGAGAGUGCAACUUUUAUUUGUGUGAGAAGUUUCCUGAUGUUCCAAACCUAUCACUAGGUAGUAUUUAUUCCCUGGAGUAUCAACGGCGUAUGAAACAAAACCAUGCCCGGAUAUCAUCUGCUGCUGCAAAAUAUUACGAUAGAUUUCAGGAAGCUGUGAACAGGGGGGACGAACCAGGUAUCAUUCUUCGCAUUGCCCAAGAAGUUGAUAUAUCCCCUGCUCUCCUGGCUCGAAUGAUUUUAGAGCAGCAUUAUGAACGGCUUGCGCCAGAACUUGCGAUUUCGGUUUCAAAAGCUCUUAUAUCUAGAAAGAUGAAAGACACUACCCUAAUAGAAGACAGAGAUGUUGCUUAUGAAGUUUAUUUGAGCACUCUACAUGAUGAUCAAUAUGGACCAUUAGCUGAUGUUGGAAAACACUCGCUUGGUCAAGAGUUUGAAUUAAAGCUGCAAAGAAUAGCUAAGGAUUUGAAACUAGCUUUUCGAGGAGAAGAGCAUCUUCGGCUGAAGGGCUUUGAUAAAACACCUGACUUAAAAUUAGACAUACCAAUCGCUGUGGACGGCUUCAUAGUGAAUUGGAUAGAAAGCAAAGCACUUUUUGGUGAUGAAGAAGGUCAUCGGGGGUACCUUAAAGACCAGUACCUUAGCUACUGGAAUAGAUUUGGUACUGGCCUAGUCAUAUAUUGGCUGGGAUAUCUUGAAACUUUAGAUCAAAUGAACGAAAAGAAAAUCAUAAUUAUGAGCGAUUUUCCCAGUAACAUAACUAAAAUGAAUCCUCACUGUAUAAAGCCACCCCAGUUAUAACACCAGAGAUUUAUUACUUUCUUUUAGAUUUUGUUAAAAAUAGCUUUUAAAAUAUGAAGUACACAGUACCUUUUUCUAAAGACCCUUAUGAUUUUAUUUUUCUUUGAAUAAAAUAUAAUAAAUAAAUUUGUACAUAUAUAUCAUGCCAAAAAUAUAUUACUUGCACAGAUCGUUAA